CUCCUCGACUCUUCCUCCAAGCCGCUAUUUAUCAUGGUCAAGUCUACGCUCGUAGUGCGCGCAUCUGAUGCUCUUCCAUUGGCGGCCAGUGUAGACGACGAACAGACAGAGCAAGCAUUGUCUGAGCACAAGCAACAAGCCAAGCUCAUCUUCCGCAGGAUAGGGCCCAACUCUGAAUCUCGUUGUACCAUUGAGAGCGGACCAUACAAUCUACACUACCUUAUAGCCGAAAAUGUCAUCUACCUUGUCAUUGCAGACAAGUCAUACCCCCGCAAGCUCGCCUUUUCUUACCUCGAUGAGCUAUCAAAGGAGUUUCAAACAUCAUAUGGCGCAAAAGUGGACAACGUGCGGAAACCAUAUGCAUUUGUCGGCUUCGAUACAUUCAUGUCAAAGACUACUCGGCUGUACCAAGACACGAGGACCGCAAGCGCUGCAGGGAGCUCUCAUUUGGACAAACUAAACGACGAGCUGCAGGACGUUACGCGAAUCAUGACAAAGAACAUGGAGGAGCUUUUAUGGAGAGGGGAUUCGCUCGACAGAAUGUCGCACCUAUCGACCUCAUUACGUUCCGAAUCGGAAAAAUACCGUCGUGCGGCGAGGAAUAUCAACCUACAAGCGAUGAUUCGGCAGUAUGCACCCAUCGGCGCGGUCGUGCUUCUGCUCAUAAUUUUCAUCUAUUGGCGAUUCUCAUGAGGAAGGACGGCUUUUGGAUUUGUUCCCGUGUAUUUUGUACUUACCCCGUUAAUGUUCCCUAUUCCCGCAUCGUAUUCGUUUCACCGCC